AUGAAAUUCUCCAAGGUAUUCGUUAUUGCCGCUGCAAUGCUUUUGGCCAUCAGCUCUGCCGAAGCUAAACCCGAAUUGGCUAUUCUUAAUAAUCUUCUUGGUGGUGUUUUGGACACAACAGCUAAGCUGUUGCUGGAAUUAUUAAUCGUAUUUUUCAAAAUGGCUGCCACAAGCGCUGGUCUUCAAUCGCAGCAGCAACAACAACAGCAGCAGACGUCUACAGAUGUAGUGCAACACAAAACGAAUACAACGUUGCCAAAUGGCGGUGGUGGUCUUGGUACUGGCCUAACUAGAAAUGUACAAAUCCAGUCACAGCCACAAAUACACAAUUUGCAACAGCAGCAACAUCUGAUGCAACAAUAUGCCAUGAAACAGCAGCAACAACAUGCCAACUUUCUGCAACAGCAAAGCCAGCAGCAACAACUCAAUCAAACGUUUGGUAUGCAACCAACAACACAGUUGCAGCAGCCGCAACAGCAGCAAACCUAUCAAAUUGUACAACAGCAACAACAACAGCAAAUGUUGCACAAUCAAUUUGCCAGCAACAUGAUGCCUUGUCAAAAUUUUAUGACACCACCGCCACAGUUGCAUAGCCAACCAAAUCGAUUUAUCACGACUAGUAGCAACAACAGCAGUGGCAGCAGCAACAACUCUUCGUCAGCGGUCAGCAACACCAUUAGUGUUAGCAACACAAUCACAUGGAGUCAACAAUAUCAGCAGCUACAAAAUACGCGAAAACAACCGACAAUUGUUGUUAAUCACAAAACCCAACAGCAACAGUUGCAGCUGCAACAACAAAGUUUACCAAAAAUUGUUGCACCAACAAAAACAAUGUUGCCUCCAACGACUCUGACUACAUCUUCCAAUUUCAGUAAUGUGCAAUUAAAUUCGGUUGCUGCCAGUGAUAAUAAUACCAGGCAACUUCCAAAUUCCGCUCCUGCCGAUACGCCGAGCAAAACUAAUGACCACAGCAACAAUAACAACAGCAAGAAUGUAGCUGAUUUGCCAAAUAAAACUUCGAAAGAUUCGUCGUUCAGCUAUGGAUUAACAAAAUCCGCCAAGGAUAGCAGUCAUCAAUUGGAUGCAGACCAACAACAACAAUGA